CUGAAUUAAAAUCAAAUUAGUGUUGUGUGAAUAGGAGAAAAUUUUUUCCGAUCUGUUAAUACAAAGUAAAAUAAAGAACACAAGUAUCAAUCAAAACAGUUUCCAUUAAAAAAUUAUAAGUGACAUUAGCAAAGUGCUGACUGGCUGUUAAUUACAAAAAUUACAACAAAGAUUAAAGUGUAACAAUAAAUAAACUGCAGUGAUAAUGAAACCUGCAAAAGAUUUGUUUGAAUGCGAGUUGUGAAUUUUUUAACCUAUAACAGUUGCAAAUUGAGAAAGCAAACAAGCGUUUCCUUCACUGAAAGGAAAAAAAUAUAGAAACUAUUCAAGCAAAUAAAAUCUUAUUACCAAAAGCUGAAUAAAAAUGGGCGUACCAGUAAUCGAUGCAGACGACUUGGCAGGUUAUGACAGCAGCUAUGCAAAUAGUAAGCAUAACGCCGUACAUUCCUGUAAUUUUACAUGCAGCAGUAGCAGUAGCAGUAGCUGUAGCAGUGGCAGUGGCUGUGGGUGUAGCAAUAACAGUGACUGUAGCAGUAACAGUAGUAAGUGCAGUAGUAAGUGCUGCAAUAAGCCCUGCGCUGCAACUCUUACACUCACAUUUGCAAAUAAGCAAAGUUGUGGAGUAGCUAACGACUAUCACUACAAUACAACGGAAAUGCUGGACACACCCCCGAAUGCGACGCCAAUUGCACGCCUGACGAAAGACUUGGUUGGCAACUCAAAGGAAUAUCGCAUUGAAAAUAAUAAAUGCGAUUUGCGCAUCAUUGGCAAUGGCAACCGUAUACGGAUCGGUAGCAAUGAGGGUAAUUUACAAAUUAUCGGCAACAGUACAAGACUGAAGAUAACCAAUAAUAGUGGUAGCAUACGUUAUACGGGCAAUGAAGGACGCAUAUGUCUGGGUAGUGAUUCAGCGCAACAAGCUAUCGACUACAUAGGCAUUAAUGGCAAAUUGAAGGUGGUUAAAACGUCGGAAAUGUUAGGCGAGAAACAUGAAAUUCACAAGCAAAAAAUCCCCAAAGAGACGACGAAAGCAACAGCGGCAGCAACAGCAGCAACUAGUAAGGGGAAAAAAUAUGAAGGGGCAACAACAACAGCCACUACUGUGAAGCACGAUUUUCCGCCGCAUUCCACACCGAAAAAGGUGAAGGUCAAAUCAGCUUCAUUUGCUGGUGAUUAUAGCGCACAAUGGCGUCAAUUUAAUGAGUUAUUUCAAAAACAUGGUUGGCGUCAUUUUGACAGCGCGUCAAUGCCGAAUUUACGAAGUGUGAAUGCGGAAAAAACGGAGGCUGGAAGUGAGGACAAAAAGGCUAAGCAAAGUUGUAAGAAAAAUAGCACGAGUAGUAAAAUUUAUGCUAAGAGUUGUAAAAUCGACAAUAAUAUAAACAUUGUUAGUACCUAUGGUAAUAUUAGCAUCAAGAAUGCAGUAAAUGUUAGUAUGUAAGCGCAAUAGGAGGGUUUAUUGUUUUAAGAACCAAACGAUUUAUUGAAAAACCGAUAAAAAAAUUUUGGCUAGGUUU